ACCCCUACUGGAGUACUGGGUAUCUGGGCAAGGCCACCCCUGGCCCUGGGAGGUUGGGAAGGAGGGGUCCUAGCUGCAGGGACAGGGCCACACAGCUGAGGUCCCACAUGGCUCUGCUGAUCCUACAUGCCCUCCCCGCUGCCCAGGAGGCCUGACCCCUACCUUUGUUGCACACUUCGGCCCAUUGAGGUGAGGCUGUGGCUGAAACUCAAACCUCUACUUAGCACACACCCGGCCCCCCAGGGAGCUCCCCAGAGCACAGAGCCGCCUUCAGGUCAUUCUGCGGGGAGCCCCUGUGACCCCGACACCUGCACUUACAUAAGCCCCUCCAGGGCCUUCUGGGAUCUGGUUUUCUUACCAGAGAUAAGAGUGGUUUGGGGGAAGGAAGAGGAGAUGGGGCAAAGCUGCAAAUGCAGAGCAGAGGCCAAGGUGGGGAGGGUGGGGGUUGGCUGCUGUCAGCUGCUGUGGGCCCCAGCGUUGGGGUGGAGAUGGAGGUGGAGGCCCCUGUGUGCCCCAUGGGGAAGGCUGCCCGCACGCUGCUAUCUUGAGCUUGCGUUUUGCCCUUGUCACCUCCUCACUGGGAGUCCAGGUCCUGUUGGGCUCAGGGUCUUCAGCAGUGAGGGCAGUGGCUCAGCUCUUCCUGGAGCCUGGGCUGGUGUGUGAGGGGCUGGAGGGCGGGAGCGUCUGCAGGGCCCCACCAUCUUGCUCAAACCCUUACUUGCUCUCUGGAUUGGGUUUUAUUUGAUGUGGGGAUGGGAACACCACGUCUGGAUGACCUGGGGCCCUAACCUCUCAUAAACUGAGUCACUGAGGUAGGGGUGGGAAGAGCAGGGCUUCCUCCUGACUGCCCUAUUUGGGCUUUCUUGCUUUUUUUCCUUCCUUUCUUUCUUUCCUUCCUUUCUUUCUUUCUGAUGGAGUUUCUCUCUUGUUGCCCAGGCUGGAGUGCAGUAGCAUGAUCUCGGCUCACUGCAACCUCUGCCUCCCAGGUUCAAGCAAGUCUCCUGCCUCAGCCUCCCAAGCAGCUGGGAUUACAGGUGCCCGCCACCACGCCUGGCUAACUUUUGUAUUUUUAGUAGAGAGAGGGUUUCACCAUGUUGGCCAGGCUGGUCUAGAACUGACCUCAGGUGAUCCGCCUGCCUUGGCCUCCCAAAGUGCUGGGAUUACAGGCACAAGCCACUGCACCUGGCCUAUUUGGGCAUUUUAAAAGGGCUUUUUCCCAAGUGUCACCUGUGCAGCCAAGUCCCUGCUUUCUUGGGAAGUGGGGGAAGGGUAAACAGCUGUAAACACUGCACCUCAUUAUUCUGAACUCUCAGCACUUAAGGCUCCAGCUGCGAUUUGGAGCCUAGAGACAGGGACUGUGUCCCAUGUGCCAAGGCCGGAAUCGGGGCUCCCAAACAUGCCGCGGUUCCUCUGGAGGAAAGGGAAGUUGAUGGUGCUCCGUUCACUGCUGGGGUCCUGCCGGUGAGGGCAGUGGGCAGGGCAGCUGGACAUGCAGAUAUGGGUGGUAGGCUGUGACUCAGCCCUCGGGGUGAGAGAUGGAGAGAGCUAGAGAAAGGGCAUGGGGGAGGGGAGCCCUGCAGAUGUGGGGACACCUGAACCCUCCUAUGGGGUGUAACCUGAGCCCUCUGACACAGAGUGCACAGGAUGUCUGCAGUCCUCAUCCCUGGCCUGUUCCUCCCCCUCCCAGAGCCCCUCCCGGCCUCUCUACAUAAAGCCGGGCAGGCUGGGCCUCAGGUCAGGCCUAUGGCCGUGGCCUUCACAGACCUGCUGGAUGCUCUGGGCGGCAUAGGCCGCUUCCAGCUCAUCCACACGGCCCUGCUGCUGCUGCCCUGCGGCCCGCUGGCCUGCCACAACUUCCUGCAGAACUUCACGGCCGCCGUCCCCCCCCACCACUGCCAGGGCCCUGCCAACCACACUGAGGCCUCCACCAACGACUCGGGGGCCUGGCUGAGGGCCACCAUACCCCUGGACCAGCUUGGGACCCCUGAGCCCUGCCGGCGCUUCACCAAGCCUCAGUGGGCCCUGCUGAGCCCCAACUCCUCCGUCCCGGGCGCGGCCACGGAGGGCUGCAAGGACGGCUGGGUCUAUAACUGCAGUGUUUUCCCGUCCACCAUCGUGAUGGAGUGGGAUCUGGUGUGUGAGGCCCGCACUCUCCGAGACCUGGCGCAGUCCGUCUACAUGGCCGGGGUGCUGGUGGGGGCUGCCGUGUUUGGCAGCCUGGCAAACAGGCUGGGCCGCAAGGGCCCCCUGGUCUGGUCCUACCUGCAGCUGGCAGCUUCGGGGGCCGCCACAGCGUAUUUCAGCUCCUUCAGUGCCUACUGCAUCUUCCGGUUCCUGAUGGGCAUGACCUUCUCUGGAAUCAUCCUCAACUCCCUCUCCCUGGUUGUGGAGUGGAUGCCCACCCGGGGCCGGACUGUGGCGGGUAUCUUCUUGGGGUAUUUCUUCACCCUGGGCCAGCUCAUCCUGGCUGGGGCAGCCUACCUGAUUCGCCCCUGGCGGUGCCUGCAGUUUGCCGUCUCUGCUCCUUUCCUGAUCUUUUUCCUCUAUUCUUGGUGGCUUCCAGAGUCAUCCCGCUGGCUCCUCCUGCAUGGCAAGUCCCAGUUGGCUGUACAGAAUCUGCAGAAGGUGGCUGCAAUGAACGGGAGGAAGGAGGAAGGGGAAAGGCUGACCAAGGAGGCGGUGAGCUCCUAUAUCCAAAGCGAGUUUGCAAGUGUCCGCACCUCCAACUCAAUCUUGGACCUCUUCCGAACCCCGGCCAUCCGCGAGGUCACAUGCUGUCUCAUGGUGAUUUGGUUCUCCAAGUCUGUGGCUUACUAUGGCCUGGCUAUGGACCUGCAGAAGUUUGGGCUCAGCCUAUACCUGGUGCAGGCCCUGUUUGGAAUCAUUGACAUUCCGGCCAUGCUGGUGGCCACCACCACCAUGAGGCCCACGGUGGCCUCCUUCCUCAUCCUGGCCGGGCUCAUGGUGAUCGCCAACAUGUUUGUGCCAGAAGGCAUGCAGAUCCUGUGCACAGCCCAGGCAGCGCUGGGCAAAGGCUGCCUGGCCAGCUCUUUCAUCUGUGUGUACCUGUUUACCAGUGAGCUGUACCCCACGGAGAUCAGGCAGAUGGGGAUGGGCUUUGCCUCGGUCCACGCCCGCCUCGGGGGCCUGGCGGCACCCCUGGUUACCACACUUGGGGAGUACAGCACCAUCCUGCCACCUGUGAUCUUUGGGGCCACCGCAGUCCUGGCUGGGCUGGCCGUCUGCUUCCUGACCGAGACCCGCAAUGCACACCUGGUGGAGACCAUCGUGGCCAUGGAGAGGAGGGUCAAAGAAGGCUCUUCCAAGAAACAUGUAGAAGAGAAGAGUGAAGAAAUUUCUCUUCAGCAGCUGAGAGCAUCUCCCCUCAAAGAAACCGUCUAAGCUGCCUGGAACCUGGUGCUUGCUAGCAGAACCUGAGCCGAUGUCCAGACGGCCCCCUGGGGGCUUCUCCCGGGAGCCCCUGGGGACACUGGUGCUGAGCUGGAGGAAAGGUCACUGAAAACAUCAUGGCUCCUAUAGACAGCCACCCACAAGCCAGGGCUGCUUGGAGGGAAAUCCCACCAGAAACAGCCAAUCUGCGUUAGAAAUGCAUAAAAAGCCAGGAGAAGCCAGUCCCAGGGACCAAAGGAGAGACUGUUUUCCUUUCCCAUCCCCAAUCUGCCCCUUAAAAUGCCUCUGUAUUAGUCCAUUCUUGCACUCCUAUAAAGAACUACCUGAGACUGGG